AUCCUUUGUUCUAUUUUCCCUUGUAAUGGAAAAAAGUAGCAAGUUCCAAGAGCCACACUUCAAUGGCAGUCUCAAAACGCCAAUUUCCCAUGGCAGCAGCACGACGCCUAUGUCUUCCCAAAUCCACCAUCAGAGGCACAGCAACUUGUGCUUCACUUAUCAGCAAAACCCACCUAGAAAAUUCCCCAAAAUCGUCCAUUUCUGAACCACAACACUUUGUUAAUGGUUCUUCAAGCCCACCAUCUGAUGACACAUUUGUAGUCCAGAAAAUAUUGUGGAACCUAAAACAAGGUAAGCCAAUAACUAAUUCUUUACAUGGUUUAAAGCCGUCUACUUUUCUUGAAGUUCUUGUUAAUUGUCGUGAUGAUUUGCAUUUAGCACAGAAAUUCAUCAACUUGGUUUCUGUAAAUUGUCCUAAUUUUAAACAUUGCACGAGUUCAUUGGGUGCUACUGUGCAUGUAUUGAUUAGGUCUAAGAGGGUAGCUGAUGCACAGGGUUUUAUUCUUAGGAUGAUUCGAAGAAGUGGGGUUUCAAGAAUUGAGAUUGUGGAAUCUUUGGUGUCAACUUAUGGGUUAUGCGGGUCGAAUCCAUAUGUUUUUGAUUUGCUGAUUAGGACUUAUGUACAAGCUAGGAAGAUUAGGGAGGCUGUAGAAGUAUUUAGGUUGUUGCAAAGGAGGAAUUUUUGUGUUCCGAUAAAUGCGUGUAAUGGUCUUCUAGGAGGGCUUGUGAAGAUUGGUUGGGUGGACUUGGCAUGGGAGGUGUAUGGUGAGAUGACAGGGAGUAGCAUUCAGCCAAAUGUGUAUACCCUCAAUAUAAUGGUGAAUGCUUUGUGUAAAGAUGGGAAAAUAGAAAGCGUGAAUCCGUUUAUUGAAGAAAUGGAAAAGAAGGAAAUUUUUCCGGAUAUGGUGACUUACAAUACUUUGAUAAAUGCAUAUUGUCACGAGGGGCUUCUUGAAGAAGCUGAUGAAGUGAUAAACAUUAUGAAAGCUACAGGGUUAAGACCUUGUCUUUUAACUUAUAAUUCUAUUCUCAAUGGUUUGUGUAAGAAUGGACAAUACGGGAGAGCAAGGGAACUUUUGGUUGAGAUGGAAGAGUGUGGACUGGCCCCUGAUACUACUAGUUAUAAUGCAUUGCUUGCUGAGUGCUGUAGAGCCGGUAACGUGCUGGAAGCAGAAUCUGUUUUCAAAGAAAUGUUGUGUCGAGCUAUCAUUCCUGAUUUGGUUAGUUAUAGUUCACUUAUUGGGUUGUUUGCAAGAACUGGUCGUCUUGACCGCUCAUUGGUAUACUAUGAGCAUAUGAAACGCAAGGGUCUUACACCAGAUAAUGUAGUAUACACAAUUCUCAUUGGUGGGUUUUGUAGAAAUGGUUCUAUGAAGGAGGCUAUGAAGAUGCGUGAUGAAAUGCUAGAGCGGAGUUUAGUUAUGGAUGUGGUCACUUACAAUACUAUAUUGAAUGGAUUAUGCAAAGGAAAGAUGCUUCAGGAAGCUAAUGAGCUUUUCAAUGAGAUGUUGGAAAGAGAUGUAAAUCCUGAUUUUUACACUUUUACCACGCUUAUCAAUGGAUAUUGCAAGUGUGGUAACAUGGACAAAGCACAGACCUUGUUUGAAGCCAUGUUGCUGAGAAACCUCAAGCCUGAUGUUGUGACAUAUAACAGCUUGAUUGAUGGAUUUUGUAAGGUUGGUGAUAUGGAAAAAGCUUUCAGUUUAAGGGAUGAGAUGAUCUCUGUAAAUAUUUCUCCUAAUUAUAUUACUUAUAGUAUUCUCAUAAAUGGCUUUUGUAAUAAGGGUCAUGUAUCUGAUGCAUUAAGACUAUGGGAUGAUAUGAUUAUCCUAGGUAUCAAACCUACUAUUGUGACUUGCAACUCUAUUAUCAAGGGAUAUUGCAGGUGUGGCGAUACUUCAAGGGCAGCUAAGUUUCUGAACAAGAUGCAGAUCCAAGGACUAUUUCCUGAUUCAAUUACGUAUAAUACUCUUCUUGAUGGGCUUAUAAGAGAGGAGAAUAUGGAUAAAGCCUUAGAUUUGGUUAAUGAAAUGGGAAAACAAGGUCUGUCACCUGAUGUUUUUAGCUAUAAUACCAUACUGGAUGGUUUCUGUAAAUUUGGUAGAAUGCAGGAAGCCAACAUGCUGUACAGUAAAAUGGUUGAGAGGGGUAUCAACCCCGACAGAUCCACAUAUACAUCAUUGAUAAAUGGACAUGUCUCUCAGGAUAACUUGAAGGAGGCUUUUCGUUUUCAUGAUGAAAUGCUGCAGAGGGGUUUCAUUCCUGAUGACAAGUUUUAAUCUCCUUGUUGUUUGAGCCCACCGAAGUUUAUGACCAUCAAUUUCUGCCGUUUCUGUGAGUUCUGCUGUUUGUAGUUUCAGCAUGUAAGCCCUCUUCUAAAUUUGAUAUUUUGACGUUAGGGAUUUGCUAACCUAUGUGAAAUAUGCUUGAUUGAUUUGAGGAGAACUAUGGAGAAAUCACUUGCUGGAAUAGAUACUUGUGGGUGCUCAAUUGGACAUCUGCUCUCUAAGGAACUGUGUAUUAGUGAGAUAUUACCCAGACACAGAGCGGUGCUUCAUUUUCAGACCCCUCACUUGUUGUCAUCUGUAUAUCUUGAUUGGUUAAAGAGAGAGCUAGUGGCUGGAAUGGAAUAUCAUAUGUAGUGUUAAAUCUAAUCUGAAGCUCUUUCAAACAAGCGAGGAACGAGUUACCACAAGCUCCGCUUAUGUGCAGUGCUAGGCGAGUAGCGAUGAUGGUGAGACAAGUGAAUCAGAAAAGUUAUUUAUGGCUGUCUGGUGCUUGCCGCGAAUGCCAUCCAAGGUAUGUUGAUGACCACAUGUUAAACUGCUAGUAGCAGUUCUCAGAAGUGUAUCAAAGAUCCAGUUGCUCUUGUGUUAUCAAACCAAAUGAGCUUCCAUCAAUACUCAAUUGAACAUAAAACUACAACCCUUCACUAAAGUUAUGUCCGGGGCUUUUCGGAGAAGUGAUUAUGAACUGAUCAGACUUCUUCCAUAACUUUGACUGAGUUAGAACCCCAGGUUGCAGAUGUCUGGACUACUUGAGUUACAGUGGAGAAUAUAUGGAUAGACUAUAGAUAUAGUGUAUAGGCAAAGAGUUGUCAUAUGGUUACAGUGUCAAACUUAAGUGUUGCAUUAUGUAAAAUUUGUUUGGUUCUUUUAUUUGAGUUGGACAAUGUUGAAGAUAACAAAACAAGUUGUACAUUUUUACUA